AUGAGGACGAGAGCGCAGAAAAGGAUGCGCGAGAGGGAAAGAGAUGCUUUGUUGUGGGAUUUGAUCGUGAAGAACGACGAUAUAACUUUCACUCAUAUUUUACCGAGAUUGAAUGCGACUGAUCUCAAAUUCUUGUACGACGUGAAUCCGGAGACGAGAGCGUUGAUUAAGAGAUCAUCUCGCGAGAGAGAUUUGAAAAAGUGGUUUCAUAUUGAAGAGAUGUCGUCGAUAUCGACUUUGGAAGUCGCGUGGGAGCAUUAUCCGUGGGGCACGUGUGUGAACAUUGGAGAAGAAGAAGAAGAAGAAGAAGAGAUGGAGAUAGAGUUGGACGAAACGUGGUUCUGCUUUCGAGUUGCUAAAACGAAUAAACUCGAAUUGCUCAAGUGGGUGCGAGAGGAGAAAAAGUGUGAUUGGGAUGUAAGGACGAUUAAUAGGGCCGUAGAACAAGGCAAUCUGGAAAUGGUAAAGUAUUGCGUGGUAAAGAAGUGUCCUAUCGGUACGUAUGCGUGUGCACGUGCUGCCGAAAACGGUCAUCUCAAGGUACUCAAAUACUUACACGAAGAAGCCAAAGCGCCUUGGGAUUCUUAUACUGCCGCUUGGGCGGCUCGAAAUGGUCAUUUUCAUAUACUCGAAUAUCUUGUUGAGCGUAAGUAUGAUAGAUAUAACGAACGGGCGUGUCAGUGGGCGGCCGAGAAAGGCCACUUGGACUGUUUGAAGUACUUACACGAAACCGCCAAAGCGCCUUGCAACGCUCGGAGCGUAUUCUGGGCACACGAGAACAACCACGCCGAAUGCGUACAAUACCUCCUCGACAACAACUGUCCUCUACCAGAUGGUUGGCGAUACGAAGGCGGCGAGUUACACAGUUCAUAA